AUGCAAAAUUUACAGUUGAACGAUUUCAUCAACUCAAGACUUCAUGUAACGAUUGACAAAGAUCGUCAUAUUGUAGGAACAUUAGUUGCUCUGGACUCCCAGGUUAACUUACUUUUGAAUGACGUAGUGGAAUUUUCAGUCAUUAGACCAUCUACAGAAUCUGAUUCCGAUAAGCACGAGGCCCAACAAUAUACUAGGAAAUUGGGGCUAGUCAGUAUACCAAGAUCCUCAAUUAAUGUAUUAAGGAUAGUAGAUGAAGAUUUAGAAGCUUUGAUAAAGAGAAGAACAUAUUUAAUGCAAUCUGCUGUUUGA